UGUGCUUUUGCCGCAACCUCUCAAAAAGUAAUACCUCCACGAAUAAACGAGUAGAAAAUCGUUAUUACUUUACAAAUCAUGCACAGAAAAGUCGUCUGUGAAUGAAAGUAUUUGCAGUUUACCACCAGAACUUUAUGAUUCUUCAUGGUUUGCUUUAAAAAGUGACUCAAAAUGAUUAAUUUCAACCGAUUUUUCUCGUCGCUGCCUCUACUUUUGGCAACACUCGCCGUGCAAUACGAUGAGGGAAAAACAGAAUCCAACGCGGAGAGACUUCUAAAGUUUGGAAAUUCUCUCUUGGCCCAGGGUCAGCUGGCAGAAGCCCUCACACAGUUCAACUCCGCUGUUGACAAUGAUCCAAAGAAUUACAUGGCGUACUACAAGAGGGCGACGGUGUACCUAGCAUUGGGGAAGUCAAAGGCAGCUUUACCGGAUCUCAAGAUGACGAUGAAGCUCAAACCCGACUUUACAUCAGCAUUUAUUCACCAUGGUAACAUCCUCCUUAAAAUCGGCAAGAUGGAUGAGGCGGCCAAGGACUACCAAGAAGCUCUGAGACAAGACCCCAAUAACCAGGAAGCCAAGACAAACUUUGAGAGCAUUCCAGCGCUAAAGGAACAUAUUAUAGAUGCUGGACAGUUUGUCAAGGAGAAUCGACUCACAGAAGCUAUUGAUUAUUACUCUAGAGUUGUCAUGUACAUGCCAUGGAAUGUUACAUUCAGAGCUCUGAGGGCUGAGGUAUACAUGAAGGAAGGCUCGUACUACAAAGCAAUCGAUGACUACAAGUCCAUCACUAAACUCAAACCCGAUAGUAUGGCAGAGUAUCUACAAAUGAGCAAACUACAUUAUGCACUAGGGGAUUUAGAAGACGCUCUAAGCGAUGUUCGAGAGUGUCUUAAGCUAGACCAGGACCACAAGCAAUGCCUCCCUCAUUACAAGAAGCUAAAGAAACUGGACAAACAAUACUCGCAAGCUCAGGAAUUUAUAAACGGAGGAAGAUAUGAAGAGGCAAUUCAGAAGUACACAAAAACAUUAGACACAGAACCAGACGUUCCGCUGUACAAAAUGAGAAGUAAAGCUAAAAUAUGUCACUGCUACAGAAAGUUACACAAGACAGUAGAGGCAUUUAAAAUUUGCAAUGAGGUCCUCGAGCACGACGAGGAAAAUGUUGACGUUUUACUCGAUCGAGGUGAAACAUUUCUUAUAGAUGAAAUGUACGAUAAAGCAAUUGAGGAUUUUAGGAAAGCAGAUGAAAUUGAGAACACUCAGCGAACUGAAGAGGCGCUGAACCGAGCCCAGAAACUUCAUAAACAGUCACUCAAGCGAGACUACUACAAGAUUUUGGGUGUUAAAAGGAAUGCCAGGAAGAAGGAGAUUCUAAAAGCUUACAGGAAGCUAGCUCAGCAAUGGCAUCCAGACAAACAUGAAGAGGGUCCCGCUAAAGAGAAAGCUAGUAAAAUGUUUAUGGAUAUCGCAGCUGCUAAAGAAGUCUUAUCAGAUCCAGAUAAACGUCAGAUGUUUGACCAAGGUGAAGACCCUCUGGAUCCCGAAGAACAACAGAAGAGACAACAGUGGGGGCAGCCAUUUGGGGGUGGGUUCAAUCCCUUCGGAAGUGGGGGCGGCGGCUUCAAGUUCCACUUCCCAUGAUCCAGAUUAUUAUUAUUCAUAUUUUAAGUUUUAAUGGACGGACAUUUUGGUAACGAUUGUUGCUGUGGUGAUAGUACUCCAACCAAUGAGAGACGGUUGCUUCCCAGGAUGCAUUGCGGUGAUCCGUAAGCGGUUUCUCCAACCAUGGGUACCGGUGAAGUUUAAACCAGAAUUUUUAUGCAUAAAUCAGGUACCAGUUUUUUUCAAAGUUGUCAGCUAUUGACAAUUUUUUACCCUUUUCUGUUCUCUCGAUAUUUUCUCUCGAAAGAAUGGAAUUGUGAAGUUUGAACAGAGAAAUCAUUUACAUUUUUUAUCUGGAAUAACAAUACGGUUCGAUUGUCGCAUUCGUCUAGAGAAUUAAAACCUGUAAGGCUGUAGUCUCAUAGAAGUGUAGACCAAUCCGACGAAACAAAAUUGGUAGAGCCCUCUAUUGAAAAUUACCUGCGGUUUCUUUUUGCGCACAAACUAGGCAUUGAAGACACUGCAGCAAAUGGCGCCCGGUGCACAACACUUGCGCGCCCGGUGCGCAACACUUGCGCGCCCGGUGCCCGUAUUGGUCUAUAGACCAGAUUAUAACUUCUCUUGUGCAAGUCGAGAGAAACACUAACAAUUCUCUGAUUUUUUUUAAAGCUUCAUAUUGCCUUCAAAUAUCUCAAUAUUGUGUUAUUUGGAAUCACUCCUUAUCAUUUUGAUUAAGCAGCUCUAUAAAACUGGGCUCUGGAUAUACCAUGGGACUUAAACACAGGAAGCAAAGUGCCUUUUAUGAUUUCACAAACCUGUUUUUAAAAGUAACGGAUGAAUAGAUAAUCAUGAUAACCUUGACCCGCAAAACACCAUUCCUUCACCAGAAAACCCCAUUCCUUCACAAAAAAAAACACCAUUCCUCCACCACAAAACCCUCAUUUCUUCACCAGAAAACCCCCAUAAUUCGGCGUAUAAGUGAUAAACUUUAAAGGAUGUGGGAACCCAUGGGCCCCAUUGCCCUGGUCUUGGCCUUGGUGCCCCUUCAAUGGAAGUGCCCUUUGCAAAUUGAAAAUGGCCAUACCCUCUCAAAGAUGAGAAUCCAGGUUUGUUAAGAUAUUGAAAUCUGUGACAUGUAUUUUAAGGAUUCUUUCCCAAAUAAAGACUUGUAAUGCGCACAAAUCCACCAUGCUGGGUGUUCAAGGCUCUCUUUAAGGACAGCAUUUUAAUAUAUCGUUCUUGAGGUCAAUAUUUAUAUCCCAUAGACCUUAGUCCUCAAUCACAAAGGACAGUCUGAGUUUUUUUUUUUACUUAUGCAACUUGUUCGUCUAUUUAUCAACUUUUGCAACUUCUGUAUUUUUUCUGUUGUGGUACAAUUUGCCAAAACCCAGAUGCAGUUGUCAAUAUGAAACAAUGAUAAUGUUGCUGAGAGGUUUCUUUGAUUUGUGUAAUUUUGACAAAGGGUGAACAAUUAACAUAUAGAUUUGUUGCUACACAAGGAUUUAUCAAACAACUUCACUGUACACUUAAUAGUGCUCUCAAAAACUUGCGGGCAAAUAAUCCAGCCCCCCCCCCUCCUCCUCUCGUGAGACUGUCUGUUAACUUAUUUUGAAACUAUUCCAGUCUGAUCUUUCCUUACAGUUAAAGGUUUUUUAGUAUAUGGGAUUCUUAAUUGUUAAACAUUUAGUCUAAGCUACUGAUAGAUGUUCUGUGAAAUAUUUUCCUCUGAAAUGAAGUCAUAUCUGAGAAAACUGUAUCAGCACAACUACAUUGCAACAGAUGAUUUCGGUUGUUACAACCGAAAUUAAUGACUGUUUUAAUCUGUUUUAAAGACAGUGGACACUAUUGGUAAUUGUCAAAGACUAGUCUUCUCACUUGGUGUAUCUCAAGCAUAAAA